UUCACAAAUCUCUCAACCUGGAUAUGGCUUCAGUCUUGAUCACAGGUGCCUCCCGCGGCUUCGGACUUGCGCUCGCGCGCGAACUCUCCUCCCGCUCCGAAACCGAGAUCAGCAAAGUCUUUGCUACCGCACGAGGAGACUCGUCGCCCUUGAGCGAGCUUGCCGCUGUCUCGGCAGGAAGAGUCUCAGUCGUCCAACUCGACGUGACAGAUGAGGUGUCCAUCCGCAACGCUGCAGGCGAGGUCGAGAAGCAGCUUAGCGGCAAGGGACUGGAUAUCUUGAUUAACAAUGCCGGAGUCUGCCAGUACGUCGGCGAUGGGGUGAAAUCAAUGGAUAAUCUCGCAGAGAGCUUCACCAUCAACGUCCUCGGUGUCCACUACGUGACGCGGGCUUUUCUACCACUUCUGCAACAGGGUUCCCUCAAGAAGGUGGCGAACAUCACAACCUCGCUCGCCUCCAUUGCCCUAGCUCGCGCGUCCCAUGACGUCCCCGCCCCAGCGUACAAGAUCUCCAAGGCCGCCCUGCACGCACUCACCGUGCAGUAUGCUCUGGACCAUGAGAAAGACGGCUUCGCUUUUGUGGCCAUUGCCCCUGGUUGGAUGAAGACCGAUCUCGGCGGCGGCGACAUCGCCGACCUGACGCCUGAGCAAGGGGUCAAGGCAUCGUUGAAUAUUCUGUUCCGACCGAAUGGAGAGAUAAACGGGCAGUUUCCUAAGGUGUUUAUUCCCGGGUGGAAGAAUGCCACGGGUCGGAAUGUUUACGAUGGGACCAUCGUUCCAUGGUAG